GGCGGAAGCGUGAGGGACCGAGCAGGGACCAGCGGCUGGCGGCGGCGGGAGCGGGGCUGGCGCCGCAGGAGCAGACGUGCCACAGGGCGGGGGACACGGCUGUCACCACGGAGUCCGCCAGUAGCAACACCGCGGCGGCCACCGCCGCUUCGCGGGCCGCGGGCGCCGGGGACCAGGCAACCUCGCUGCCCCCGCCCAGGAUGCAGCGCAGGAAGAGGAACGCGGGCAGCAGCUCGGAUGGGACGGAGGACUCGGAUUUCUCCACGGACCCCGAGCACACGGACAGCUCCGAGAGCGACGGCACCUCCCGGAGAUCCGCCCGCGUCACCCGCUCCUCGGCCCGCCUCAGCCAGAGCUCACAGGACUCCAGCCCGGUGCGGAGCGCGGCGCCGUUCGGGCCGGACGAGCCGGUGUACUCCACGCGGAGGGUGACCCGCAGCCAGCAGCAGCCAGCUCCUGUCACCCCAAAGAAAUACCCGCUGCGCCAGACCCGCUCCUCGGGCUCUGAGACCGAGCAGGCCGUGGACUUCUCGGACAGAGACACCAAGAACGCGGCCGAGCACGACGAGUCCCCGCCGCGCACGCCCACGGGCAACGCGCCCUCCUCGGAGUCGGACAUCGACAUCUCCAGCCCCAACGUGUCCCACGACGAGAGCCUGGCCAAGGACAUGUCCCUGAAGGACUCGGGCAGCGACCUCUCGCACCGGCCCAAGCGCCGCCGCUUCCACGAGAGCUACAACUUCAACAUGAAGUGUCCCACGCCCGGCUGCAACUCCCUGGGACACCUGACCGGGAAGCACGAGCGCCACUUCUCCAUCUCGGGGUGCCCUCUGUACCACAACCUCUCAGCAGAUGAGUGCAAGGUGCGAGCACAGAGCCGGGACAAGCAGAUUGAGGAGCGGAUGCUGGCCCACAGGCAGGAUGACAACAACAGGCACGCCACCAGGCACCAGGCCCCCACAGAGAGGCAGCUGCGCUACAAGGAGAAGGUGGCUGAGCUCAGGAAGAAGAGGAACUCGGGGCUCAGCAAGGAGCAGAAGGAGAAAUACAUGGAGCACAGGCAGACCUAUGGCAACACCAGGGAGCCUCUCCUGGAGAACCUGACCAGCGAGUACGACCUGGAGCUGUUCCGCAGGGCCCAGGCCCGCGCCUCCGAGGACCUGGAGAAGCUGAGGCUGCAGGGGCAGAUCACCGAGGGCAGCAACAUGAUCAAGACCAUCGCGUUCGGGCGCUACGAGCUGGACACGUGGUACCACUCGCCCUACCCCGAGGAGUACGCGCGCCUCGGCCGCCUCUACAUGUGCGAGUUCUGCCUCAAGUACAUGAAGAGCCAGACCAUCCUGCGCAGGCACAUGGCCAAGUGUGUCUGGAAGCACCCGCCGGGGGACGAGAUCUACCGCAAGGGCUCCAUCUCCGUCUUCGAGGUGGAUGGCAAGAAAAACAAGAUCUACUGUCAGAACCUGUGUCUGCUGGCAAAGCUUUUCCUGGACCACAAAACCCUCUAUUAUGAUGUGGAACCCUUCCUCUUCUACGUCAUGACGGAGGCUGACAACACUGGCUGCCACCUGAUCGGGUAUUUCUCCAAGGAGAAGAAUUCCUUCCUCAACUACAACGUGUCCUGCAUCCUGACCAUGCCCCAGUACAUGAGACAAGGCUAUGGCAAAAUGCUCAUUGACUUCAGCUAUUUGCUGUCUAAGGUCGAGGAGAAGGUUGGCUCCCCAGAGCGUCCCCUGUCCGACCUGGGCCUGAUCAGCUACAGGAGCUACUGGAAGGAGGUUCUGCUGCGGUACCUGCACAACUUCCAGGGCAAGGAGAUCUCCAUCAAAGAGAUCAGCCAGGAGACCGCUGUGAACCCCGUGGACAUCGUCAGCACCCUGCAGGCCCUGCAGAUGCUCAAGUACUGGAAGGGCAAACACCUGGUCCUCAAGAGACAGGACCUGAUUGACGAGUGGAUCGCCAAGGAGGCCAAGAGGUCCAACAGCAACAAGACCAUGGAUCCCAGCUGCCUCAAGUGGACCCCUCCCAAGGGCACCUAGGUGUCCCCGGCAGCGUCCCCAGCAGAGGAGGAUGCGUGUGCUUGGCUCUGCAGCGUCCCCAGGGCGGGUGACCGGGCUGGCCUGGCCCGGCCCCGUGUCCCCACAGUUCUGAGGAACUCGGACGUUUCGGCCUCAGUGAGGCCGCGAGGACUGGAGGGCUCUGGGAGCCCCAGGGAGCUGAGGAGCUGUGGCUGCUGGGCCUGUCCCUGUCCCUGCUGUCCUGCUGUGUCCCUCUGUCC